AUGAAGACAGUUAAUUGUUGUGUGCUGCUCCUUUGCUGGAAAGCAAUUUGCUGCAGCAGCUGUCAGCUCACCAACAUCACCAUAGCGGUGGAAAGAGAAGAAUGCGAAUUCUGCAUCACAGUGAACGCCACUUGGUGCGCAGGUUACUGCUUCACCAGGGACCCAGUGUACAAAUACCCACCGGUAUCAUCUGCCCAGCAAACCUGCACCUUCAAGGAGGUGGUGUACGAAACGGUGAAGAUCCCUGGCUGUGGUGACCACCCCGAAUCCUUCUAUUCCUACCCGGUGGCGACAGAGUGUCACUGUGACUCGUGUGACACUGACACCACUGACUGCACCGUCAGGGGACUGGGGCCAUCCUACUGCUCCUUCAGCCACAAUGGGAGCAACCAGUGA